CACGGCAUCCGUCCGUCUCCUCUCUUUACUCGGAAGACGCCGUCUGCUUCGACGCCACCUCGAAAAUGAAGUCUCCUUUCGUUAUCCUGUCCGAUUAUUCAAUUUGUUUGAAUUUUCUUUUGAGGAUUUCCCGUUAAAUUUUCUUCCUCGUUCCCUGCCUCUCCUCGAACCUUCUCGUCUCCUUCUCUCGCGCUGGAGCUGCUGGAAGGUUUCGAAAUAAAUCGUCGCCAUUCUUCCGUGUGGAAGAUCUGGGCUCUUCAUUCGCUUCCUCUGAAAGGUCGUGAUUGAAGUCGGGAUUGCAAUUCCAAAAUAGGCAAAGAUCACAUAUAUUUUGAUUUGAGGUGAAAAAGGGGUUCAGUGUCUUGUUUGACUUCUAGAGAAAGAGAAAAGGUGUCAGAUUGGGGGUUGUAAUGGAAUACACAGAGAGGGAUUUUGAUAUUGAUCUUGAAGUCGGUAGUAAUUGUAGUGAAGAAGGUUCGAGCGAAGAUUCUACUUCUGCUACCAAAAGAGAAGUGAAGUUAGUUAGUGAGGUCUAUGGGAGGCUUAAUGAUAGUCCGGUGAAAGAUGAAGAUGGUGUCGGUUUUUAUGUCAACAUACUGAACUCGGAUGGCGUUGAUGCGAGGAAUAUGGCUAAGUUAGUCGGAGAAAAGAGCCCAGGAAGUGCACAGAAGGAAAAGAGGAAAAAAACUAGCAACAAAAAGGCCCCCAAGCCUCCCCGGCCCCCAAGAGGUCCAUCGCUAGAUUCCGCAGAUCAAAAGCUGAUUAAAGAGAUUGCUCAACUUGCGAUGUUGAAGCGUGCUAGGAUCGAGCGGAUGAAGGCCUUGAAGAAGGCAAAAAUGGCCAGGGCAUCAUCGUCUUCUCAGAAAAGUGUGAUUGCCAUGGUGUUCACUGUUCUUUUCUUGCUCGUGAUACUGUUUCAGGGAAUUGCACCUAGUACAAAAUCCUCAGUGGCAACCUUUGAAGGCUCUCCAGAGUCAGCAGGAUCACCACUGGGAGGUCUAAUAUCGGUUCAGUACAACCAAAAUCCGUAUAUCACUCACAUGAAUGGACCCGCACACGGUUCUCCCCUUUUGGUGGAGGAGGUUGCUGGGUCGAGUGCAGAGGGAAAGCUGGGUAGAGUUGCUGGAUGAUUUGGACUGUUCUAUUGCGAUCUUAUAUGACCUGUACAGGUGGCUACUACAAACUAUCUUGCUGGGUAAUUUAUCCCCUUUUGUAUACUCUUCGAAGUUGGGGGAGUGAGUUAAUUAUCUUGCACAUUAGAUGUUUAUUUGUUGCGGGAUGCUCUGUCUUUGCAUUGGUUGCCACUCUAGCAGCUCGUUGGAGAUAAUUUUUCGAGCUGUUGUCUCGAAAUGUUCGUGGAAUAAUUAGUUUUCUUCCAUUGCAUAUAUGAGAUCUGUUUCAUUGUUUGUCACAUAAGAUAGAACCGAGAUACCUUGUAAUUUGAAGAAAGAAAUGCAGAGAAGAGCUCGCUAGCUUCGGAUGUUGUAACUUCUUGUGGCUACUUGUACGUGGGUUCUCGGCUGUGUUUGACAGUGCUGUAACUGUUGCGGAAAGAAGGCAGUCAGCUUUGUCACUGCUCGCUUUCGUUUCAAUACAAUUUUGUAACCCUUUCGGGUUUGAUGUAAGUAGGAGAGAGUGUUCUUCA